AGUUUUUAUUUGAUGUGCCAUUUAAUAAUUGUGCAAUUUAUUUUAGAUAAAAUUAGUUUACUAUUUUAAAAAAAGUCAUCGACAUCGUAUGAAAAUUUUGUGUAUCGCGAAAUAUGAACGAGAACUAAUGCACUUUCAAUUCGUCGAAUCGCAUUCAAAGAAAAAUGUAAAAGUGCUUCUAAUUCUAGUUUGAUUGAAUUUUUAUGGAGUAGUAUAAUCCACUAUCACGAAAUCUGAAUUUGUGUCGAAUUUUCGGAAGCCCGUUCAUUGAUAAGUUUUGUUCGGGGUGAUAAUAAACAGGAAGGAAAGUCCCCACAAAAUGGACAAAUUAGUUUUCAGAAUCUUGUGAAACAUUAUUUACGAAGUUGAUAAUUUUGACCGGAAUCCACAUGAAGUACAUAUUCUACAGCCUUAUAAUGUGAUAAUUAUGUAUGUUUUAAAAGUUAUACGAUUUUGUCUUUUAUUUACUCUGAAAGAAAUCCAUUUAUGAGUAAUUUGGUAAGAAAAGUAUGUGUCAUAUAUGUGGUAUAACAUAUUGUCAACGAUAUAUUUGAACCAGGGUGUCUUUUAUGAUCAAUUCAGUGAUUUUUUAUUUAUAUCUCGGUGGACAAUAAAUAUGGAUCGUUUGAUCACUAGCUCUUUUCUGUACAUUUUACUAGUCUUUUCUUCGCGAGUUCUGUGUGCAGAUCCAACAGUAUGGGGUAAAUAUCCAGGAGUAGUUGCGAUUGCUGUAUCCUCGCUGAACAAGGCCUGCGUUGGACAUAUUAUCAAUAAUCAACACGUAGUCACUGCAGCGCAAUGUGUUCUGGACGAAGAUACUUUUCAGGUUUUAAAUGUAUUCUGGUUUAAAGUUACUGCCGGCGAUAUAAAACUUUUCGAACCCACUCAAUAUAGAGCGGAGCGCAACAUUUCGAACAUCUUUCCCCAUGAACUUUACAACCCUCAGACCAAUGAAAAUGACAUUGCAAUACUCAGGUUAGACGCUCCCUUUUCGUUGCCGCAUAAUACAAUUGAGCCAGUCAUUCUCAACUCGAGAAUAGUCAAAACCAGUACAACCUGCGACUUUGUUGGGUGGAAAAUAGAUCAACAACGACAAUCUGAACAACAGUCAACUCCUAUGUUGGUAUAUGAUCGAGAUUUCUGCAAUUCACAACAAUACCCUGGGAGAAUUUUUGAGAGUGUAAUGUGCGGGCAAUUGCAAAUGGCUGAUGAUCUACCUGUGGUGAAUUAUGGUGGCGGUUUGUACUGUAAUAGUGAAUUAACUGGGCUAUUAACUAUACCACAGAAUGGAACAUCGACUCCUAGCGUAUUCACGCAAAUUCGUUUCUAUCGCAAAUGGAUUCAAAACCAAAUUUAUCGUGUGGAUGUACCAACCAGGAGAAGGUCACCAGUAACUAAAAUAUAGAAAAAACCUGGAUCAAUACCUGGAUUUGUUAGUUAUGGACUAUUGUUAUUAACGUUUUCUAAUUAGUAUAUUAAAAUUAAAAUAUUAACAUGCUUGAA